UCAGACAGUCAGAACGAUUUAUUUGCCCGGAGCUCAAGCUCAGGCAUCAUUACUCAGAAAAAAAAAAAUUUGGAAAAUAACUCAGGACAAACAAAUUGCCGAACAAAGUUCGAUUUGUAAACGAAUCCGGUAGCGCUUCCAUGAUGAAUUCGUUGCGGUGUGCUGGAUGCCGUUUGCCUGGGGCAGCUGCCGCUGUCGCAGCCGCUGCCGCUGCAGCCAAAACCGCUAGCCCCUCACACCUGGCAACUGCCGAUCUGCGGAUCUUUCGCCGUUUCACCCAUCACGACGGGACCCGGGCCAUGAGCGGCACACGCGAGAUCGUUGGCUAUGGCGUCAAUGGUAGUCCCAACUAUAUUGAUUGCGCGGACUUUCCGUUUCCGGCCAUACGCUAUCGCGAGGUAACAAGCGAGAUCUGUGCCAUGCGCGAAAAGGAGCUGGGCGACUGGAAGAAGCUCUCGCUGGAAGAGAAGAAGUCUUUGUAUCGCCAUAGCUUCUGUCAGACCUAUUCGGAGUUCCAAUACUUCACGCCCGAAUGGAAGCUGGCCGUGGCCCUCGGUCUGUGGUCUGUAGCCAUUGGGCUGAUUAUCACAUUACUAAGCAAUGCCAUGAUUUACGAUGAGUUGCCCAUUACCUACGACGAUGAGCAUCGUCAGGCACAAUUGCGCCGUAUUAUACAGUUGCAAAUGAAUCCUAUCACAGGAAUCUCCUCCAAAUGGGAUUAUAGCCAGAACAAGUGGAAGUAAUUCCUAGCCACAACAAAAAAAAACAUCUUGAAUGAAAUGCUGCUGCACAGUAACAUUACCUAUUACUCACACUAACACUCACACUAACACACACACACCCACAACCACACCAACACUCACACACACAUACAUGUUGAGCUUCAUUUAUACCUUCCAUAAUGAUCGUUUGUAAUUGAACAUAUAUUAAAUUUCAUGCCACAUGCAUGAUGAGCAUUGAAUA